AUGGGUAAGAAAGAUUAUAAGAAAAAUAUUAAAUGUCAUAAGUGUGGUAGAUAUGGUCAUUAUGCUAAUGAAUGUAAGACUCAGGAAAAGAUUAAAGCUUUAGAUUUGGAUGAUAAAUUGAAAGACUCUUUGUGCAAAAUUCUUUUAUAUUCUGAUAAUGAAGGUUCUCCUUCUGGUAUUAAUAAAACUAGUUCAGACUCUUCUUCUUAUUCUUCUUCUACUGAAGACCAAGUCAAAAUUUUACAAAAUGAAGAUUUAUAUUCAGAUUCUGAUAGAUCCUUUUCUGAAAAUGAAUGUGAACCCUGUCAAAAGGGUGCUAGUAGUAGCAAAAUAGAUGAAAAGCCUGUUGAGAUUAUUAGACAACCUGCUUAA